GGCUCCGCCCACCCGGAAAUGCUGACGCCAGCUCUAUUGAAGUCGGUCUCGGUCCCCCACGUGUUUGCUUUGCGGGCCGGGAGAAUGGCGGCCCCCGCUGUUCAUCGGCUGCGGGUGCUGGUGGAUAUGGAUGGGGUCCUGGCUGACUUCGAAGGCGGAUUGCUGAGGGGCUUUCUCGCUUCCUAUCCUGGGGAUCCCCAUAUAGAACUGUCGGAGCGAAGGGGCUUUUCCGCUCGGGAGCAGUAUAGCAGCCUGCGAGAGGAUUUGGGGGAUAAGGCAGCCAGUGUAUAUGAGUCCCCAGGGUUUUUUCUGAGCUUGGAUCCUAUUCCAGGAGCUAUUGAAGCAAUGCAGGAAAUGAUCCAAAUGCCAAACACUGAAGUGUUUAUUUGUACCAGCCCCCUACGGAAAUAUGAGUACUGCAUCUCAGAGAAGUACAGCUGGACUGAAAAGCACUUGGGUCCCAGAUUUGUGGAACGAUUAAUUCUGACCAGAGAUAAGACAGUUGUGUCAGCUGAUCUGCUGCUUGAUGACAAGGAUGUGGUCACAGGGGUGGAGCCCAAUCCAGGAUGGGAACACAUCUUGUUCUCUUGUUGUCAUAAUAAACAUCUAAAGCUGCAGCCCCCACGAAGGCGACUGGAGUCUUGGUCUGACGACUGGAGGGCAAUAUUGGAGAGCAAACGCCCAAAUGAUGUAAAAAAGAAUGGGGCACAUACUUCAACUGGGAUGCCCAAUUACUAAUUUCCACUGGACAAAGGCGUAGCACACCCAAUCAAACGAUAUCUCCCAACCCCAAUUCACAAUACUAUAGUAUUUUAUCCUACCCGUAAUCCUUCCUUUGUUUAUUGAGAAUUAUUAAAAUACUAAAUCCUU